AUGGACGGAUCGCCGGGCAGCAUAGCUACAACACUGUCGGGACAAGGUGAGCCGGCCGAGGCGCCGGGGGGCUGUGGUGUUGUGCCAGGACUGACCCGCUUGCGUGCAUCAGGACCGUCUCGAUAUCGCUCUGACGGGUCUGUGCGGCUGGGAUCCAACGCGUCGGAAUCGGGGGCCCAGGCCGAAGCCAGCCAGAAGCUGGCGUACGGCGUGACGUACAACUUUGUUGCCAAUUCGUUUGUGCUGUCCAAGUCGCGGAAAUGGAGCAAAGUGCACGAUCCUGCUUCACAGAACUUUAUCACACGGGUGCCAGACUCGACCAGUGCAGAGCUUCUCGAUGCCGUGCAGGCAGCGGCGGCAGCACAGCCGAUCUGGGCGCAGCUGACGCCAGCACGGCGCCGCAAGUGCAUGAUGAACCUGAUACCGAUUCUGCGGCAGCACUCGUCGCGAAUACGCCACUUUCUCUGCCUGGAGGUGGGCAAGACGCUGGCCGAUGCAGAAGCCGAGUUUGAGCGCGGCAUGGACGCGGUCGAGACGGCAGUGUCGCUGUCGAACGAGCCGAGUGGGAGCCACCAGACGAACCAGUGGGCGGAGAUCCACACGAUGAGCGAGCCGUUGGGGGUGUGUCUGACGAUCAGCCCGUUCAACUUUCCGUUUAUGAUUCCGCUGUGGUCGAUUCCGUACGCGCUGCUGGCGGGCAACACGGUGAUCCUGAAGCCGUCGGAGCAGACGCCAUCGGUGACGCAGGUGCUAGCUGAGUGUUUCGUGCAGGCGAGCUUUCCGGCCGGCGUGCUGGGGAUUCUGCACGGCGGCGCGAGCGUGGUGAGCGGGCUGUUGUCGCAGCCGGUUGUGCGGGCCGUCAGCUUCGUCGGCUCGGACGUGGCGGGUGAGCAGAUCUAUGAGCACGCCCGGGCGACGCGCAAGCGGAUUCAGGUCGAGUGCAACGGCAAGAACCACGGCGUCGUGCUCGAGGACGCCACGCGCAUGCGCACGCUAUAUGCCAUCGCCGGCAGCGCAUUCGGGGCUGCCGGCCAGCGCUGCAUGGCCGUCAGCGUGGCCGUGUUUGUCGGCGCGACGCGUGCGUGGAUCGACGAGCUCGUCGCCAUCGCCAAGACACUCGUUGUCGGCAUCGGUAUCGACCCGCUCGUCGAGGUUGGCCCGCUCAUCUCGGCCACGGCCAAGACCCGUGUCGAGGCCAUGAUCACGGCCGCCGAGUCCGAAGGCGCCCGCGUCGCCCUCGACGGCCGCGCCUACACCGUUCCCGACUAUCCCCAGGGCAAUUUUGUCGGGCCGACGAUCCUGACGGGCGUUCAGCCAUACAUGACCUGCUACCAGGAGGAGAUCUUUGGACCCGUGCUCUGCUGCGUCGAGGUCGACACACUCGAUCAGGCCAUGGAGCUGGUCAACAACAACCGAUACGGCAACGGCUGCACCUUGUUUACCAACAGCCCGUCCACAGCCCAGCUGUUCCAGCGGACGGUCAACGUGGGCCAGAUAGGCAUCAAUGUGCCUAUAGUCGCACCGUCUGGCCCUAUUUAA